AUGGUAUCGUUCCGCACACGUACCGGUCGGUUAUUUGACACCUGGUCGGCCUUUAUCAUCCUGUUCCUGAUCUCGACCACGUCCGCCCACCAUCAAAAUCUCACCGCCGGCGUCCAGGUCCACAAUCACACAACCCCGCUCGGUACCAUGACCUUUGCCAAAGAACCUGGAGGUCGCGGAACCUGGAGCAUCAUCUUCAGCUGCACCGCUACAUUCGCGUUCUGUGUCUGGACCGCAGUGCACCCAGACACCAUCUCGGGACUGUCGACUCGCCGUCGGAUCUUGUACCGGACCAUACUGAUGGUUAUUGCGGCCAUCAACCCGGAAGCGAUUGCUGUACUUUCAUACCGGCAGUGGAGGAGUGCACGGAAAAUCAAGACGGAUUGGAAGAAGCACUUUGAUGCGUUGCAACACCCACGGAAACAUGAAAUUUCGGCGGAGGAGCUCGAAGUUUGGCAAACAAAGAAGGACAAGUGGUGCGGAGAGUUGAAAAUGACGGCUGCAUUUUUCGUCGUCAUGGGCGGAUUCGUGAUCGACAAAUCCAAGGCGACGUCCAACGAACGCAGCAAGGAUAAAUACCAAGGGAAGUUUGCCCGCUUCAAGAAGCCGGCAGCCGCGACGGGGAAUCCCGGCCACUUCAUAGCGACUCUCACGCCGAGGGGCUUUCUCGAAUACCUCAAGGAGGGAUACUUCAACGACUUUGAAAAUCCUCCAUUUAAAACGUACGAGAUCAUGGACAAAAACAAGGAAGAUUGUUUCGGAAAGAUCUUGGCUUCCUUGCAGACCCUGUGGCUGUUGGUUCAAUCCAUCCAGCGAUACAGGUCCAACCUCACGAUAACGCAAGUACAUGUUAAACUACCCUCCUCGGAAACACUGCUAACGGCGGGAGUAUAG